GCUGAAGAGAGAAUCAGGGGAGCGCUGCCUCGGAAAGGCACUAACCAUACACAUUAAUAGGAAAAAGGGUGUGCUUUGCAAUAACACUGCCACAGCCUACAUAAGUUGCCCAUAUUUAAGCCUUGGAUUUGUUGUGACCAUUCUCCAUGGUCCAACUAACUUGUGUUGGACCAUGGUGUUUCUUUCUAUUCCCAGAAAAAUGUCAGAUAUAAACAACUCUGAAAAGGAAGGAGGGUCCUUCUCAGCCAAAAUCAUCAACAUAGUCUUCAUCAUACUUGUAUUGGAUCUGCUUGGUUUUACUUUGAUCCUGCCUCUGCUGCCUUCAAUUUUGGACCACUACUCACAAGAAGAGGAUGGUGUCUAUCAGUGUAUGCAGGGUGCUGUGGACUGGUUCAGAGAGUCUAUUGGGAUUCCUUUAGAUAAGAAAUACAACACUGUUCUAUUUGGAGGUUUGAUUGGGUCACUUUUCUCACUGUUACAGUUUUUGUCAUCACCUGUUACUGGGGCUUUGUCUGACCAAUAUGGUAGACGGCCCUUGCUUCUGGUCACUACACUGGGGCUCAUCUCCUCAUAUGCUGUGUGGGCAGUUUCCAGAAACUUCACCAUGUUUCUUUUGUUUCGUAUAAUUGGAGGAAUUUGUAAGGGCAAUGUCAGCCUGUGUACUGCCAUUGUAGCUGACUUGCCUUGUCCAAAAGCAAGGAACAGGGGAAUGGCUAUGAUAGGCAUUGCCUUUUCACUGGGCUUCACUGUUGGACCUCUAAUGGGGGCCUAUUUUGCAAUGAGCUCCAGGACAUCAGGGGAAGGACAUGUGUUUCACCAGACCCCCGCUCUGCUUGCUUUUGCCUUCAGUGUGGUGGACCUGCUCUUUAUUUGGCUUGUGUUGCCCGAGACACUAAGAAAGGAUCACAAGACCACUUUCUCCGGUCACUCCAGGGACCUCUUAAACCCUGUAUCUUUGUUGUGCUUCUCAGCUAUUAGCAGAUCUAAAGAUUCUCCUUCAAAGCAAAGGAUGGAAAAACUAAGAAGAUUGGGUCUUAUUUAUUUUUGUUAUCUUUUCCUCUUCUCUGGUCUGGAAUUUACACUCAGUUUUCUGACACACCAGCGCUUCAAAUUCACAAGCAUGCAGCAAGGUAAAAUGUUUUUCUUCAUUGGUAUCGUCAUGGCUUUGAUCCAGGGAGGUUAUGCUCGACGGAUCAAACCUGGGAAACACAUAAAGAAUGUACAAAUGGCAAUGGUUACAUUGAUUCCAGCAUUUAUACUCAUUGGAUUCUCCUGGAAUGUAACUAUGCUGUAUGUUGGCCUGGCUCUGUAUUCCUUCGCGGCUGCAAUAGUUGUGCCAUGUCUGUCAACUCUGGUGUCUGAAUAUGGCUCUGUUAGUCAGAAAGGGACAGUGAUGGGGAUCUUGCGGAGUUUGGGUGCCCUGGCCAGAGCAAUGGGCCCAGUUGUGUCUUCUACUGUUUACUGGGUAGCCGGAGCCAAAAUGUGUUUUUUGCUCUCAUCUGCAGCUUUCAUUGUACCUUUGGCUCAUCUAAGUAUUGACUGGAGCCUACAGGACAAUAAGGACAAAUGAUGAUCUAUGAGCAAACAGCCUUUUGCAGUGCCAUGACUUUAUUAUAAGGAAUUGUUGAACUUUAUGUAAGCAUGUGAACAAAAAUGAACCUGUUGCCUUUUAUCGGCCUAUGUUUUUAUACUUUUAACACUUUUAACAACUAAUAUAUUUAUUUUGUAAUAAAAGAAAAGAAUGUU